AUUACGGGGUAAUUAUGAAAUGAAUUAUGUUUGUUGGUUUGGAUAUUUUAACCCAGAGAGUGCGGCUUUUGUUGAUGAUAACCGAUAAGACACAUAACUCCUCUUCUUCCUCCUCCUUUGCUGAUUCACUCCUCUACUCUGGUCACCUCCACUGCCACAAGUCCACCGUCUCUGACGCCGGCGACUGGCCCACUUCCACCACCAGACUCCACCACUUCCUCGUUAACCCUGGUUAAACUGCUUCUAACCGGAACAAAUCACCACAGGUUUUGCUGUAUCCUCAUUUAGAAGCAAAAGAUGGAGGGAGGACCCUUGGUAUUGAGUCAUUGCAGUAGUAGUUUAAAUUGCUCAAAGUUGCAGUCUACUCUUAAUCAUCAUCCUUCAAUAUCUUUGUGGCCUCGUCAACAAACUUCCCUUUCUUGCUUUAGUUCUAGUUUUAGUUCUAGUAGCAGCAGUGCAGGUAGCAACAGUUGGCAACCUAAGAUCCCGAAACCGUGGUUGAAAAGAGAAAUUAAAAGCCAGCCUUUUGUGUCUGGUGCUGGGGCUGGACCGGUCGCCCUAAAGGAAAUUGAUACGGCCCCCUCAUCAUUGGCGAGUGGUAAAGAUGAUGACACGUAUACAUUGCCUAGAAUGGAUAAAAAUGGAAGGUUUUGCAGUCCGAGAGCUGCCCGGGAGCUUGCCUUGUCGAUUGUAUAUGCUUCAUGUUUAGAUGGGCAUAAUCCAGUUCGUUUGUUUGAGAAGCGAAUGAAUUCCCCUAGAGAAUCUGAGUAUAUCUUUGACAAGAGCUCCUUACUUCGAUAUGAUCACACGAGGUUUGGUGGCCCCCCUGUUAUCACCUCCACUGUUGAGGAAGCUGAUCAACUUCUCAGUGAACUUGAAGAAGAAUCAGCUUUUGAAGCAGAAGUUCUGUCAGCUCCUUUGAAGUUGGUAUAUAGCAAACUGCUUCUGAGAUUCACGAAGAAACUUUUAGGUGCAGUGGUGGAUAAAUGGGAUAAUCAUAUCCUCGUGAUUGACAGAGUAGCACCAACAAAUUGGAAGAAUGAGCCAGCCGGAAGAAUUUUGGAGUUCUCAAUUCUUCAUUUAGCAAUGUCCGAAAUCUGUGCAGUUGGAACAAGACAUCAAAUUGUUAUCAAUGAGGCUGUGGAUCUUGCAAAACGGUUUUGUGAUGGUUCAGCUCCUCGUGUGAUAAAUGGUUGUUUGCGAACUUUUGUCCAAGAACAAUCAUGAAGAAGUGCUAUUCAUGAGCAAGCUUCAUUAAGGUAAUCAUCAAUAGAGGGUACAUCUUAUGGAAGAUCAAAUUUGCUCGUGGACGGAACUUGUAUAGCCGAGAGUUCCAAAAUGGUUUUCUCCGAAUGGCAUUUUGUGCUCUAUACAAGGCUAUAUUUGUAGUUUUCUUUCCUCUGCAGAAUGUAACAGAAGUUCCUGCAAAUGUUAUCUAGGAAAAAAAAAGUGAAAAUCAUGUAGUACUCUACUACUCUGUAGUAUUGUAGUAAUGUAGAAUAGUAUUUAGAGUUUUGUGAUUCGAUGUUGUCCAUAAAGAAUGCAACAUAUUUGUUAUUGAGUAUAGAAUUUGUGAAUUUAUAAGUUUC